AUGUCGGCAUCGCAGAGUGCAGGGAUAGGGAUAUUAGACGGGACACUGGAUACCUCGCAGGUGCCGGUUGACGCACUGGAGCCACUCCGGCUUCGUCUCUCACAUUUGACGCACUGGCUGAGUCGUCUACAAGCCCAUGUCCAGCAACAAGCGCUACCCUCCUGGCCGUCGAUCCACUCCCAAUUCGCCAUGAUUCUCAAACAACUCAACUUUCUAACCCACACGCUCGAGACCCACGCCGAAACCCUCCGCACGACGAACGCGUACCCGCUGCCUACCUUCCCGGUCGCGAAGCAGCCCGGUCUGCUACCCACGCUGCUGAGGAAGCGGAAUGAGCCGGAGGUAGACGAGUGGAUUGAAAAAGGGAGGAAAGAGGCGGAGGAGACAGGGAGUAGUGCGCGGGCGGACGACGAGGUGUGGAAGGAUGCGUAUUUGCUGCUGGUUGCGUUGCAGCAUCGGCGGACGGAGGAGGUGCUGGGGUUGGAGGAUGGGAAGGGUGCGGGCGAGCAGGGAGGAGGGGGGGGGAUUGAUGUGCAUGAGCCGGUGCGGAAGGUAGCUAUGAGUACGCGGGUGCCGGUUGCUCGGAGGAUGUAG